GUGUGUUACUAGACAUCCAGCAGCACUUUGGAGUCAAGGACAGUGGGGCUGGCUUGUUACAGACAGUUUUCAUCUGUAGUUUCAUGGUGGCAGCACCAAUCUUUGGUUACCUUGGGGAUCGCUUCAACAGGAAAAUCAUUCUCAGUUGUGGCAUCUUCUUUUGGUCAGCUGUCACUUUUUCAAGCUCCUUCAUCACUGAACAGUAUUUCUGGCUGCUUGUGCUCUCCCGGGGUCUGGUUGGCAUCGGUGAGGCAAGUUACUCCACUAUUGCCCCAACCAUCAUUGGAGACCUGUUCACCAAAAACACACGGACCCUUAUGCUGUCUGUUUUCUACUUUGCAAUUCCCCUGGGCAGUGGCUUGGGGUACAUCACUGGGUCCAGUGUGAAGCAGGUUGCUGGAGACUGGCACUGGGCCUUGAGGGUAUCUCCACUGCUGGGAAUGAUAACAGGGACACUCAUCCUGAUAUUUGUGCCUGUUGCUAAAAGAGGAAAUGUGGAACAACUUGGGGGACAGCUGAAGGCUCGAACGUCCUGGCUGAGGGACAUGAAAGCACUGAUUAGAAACCGCAGCUAUGUGUUCUCAUCCUUGGCCACCUCAGCUGUCUCCUUUGCCACGGGGGCACUUGGCAUGUGGAUCCCUCUGUACCUUCACAGAGCACAGGUUGUGCAGAAGACAGCAGAGACCUGCAGCUCCCAGCCCUGUGGCACCAAAGAUAGCCUGAUCUUUGGAGCUAUCACAUGCUUCACUGGCUUCCUGGGGGUGAUCACAGGGGCAGGAGCUACCAAAUGGUGCCGGUUGAAAACGCAGCGAGCCGAUCCCCUCGUGUGUGCCGUUGGCAUGCUCGGCUCAGCCAUCUUCAUCUGUCUCAUCUUUGUGGCUGCCAAGAGCAGCAUCGUGGGAGCCUAUAUUUGCAUUUUUAUCGGAGAAACUCUUCUGUUUUCAAACUGGGCUAUCACAGCAGACAUACUAAUGUACGUGGUCAUUCCAACACGCCGUGCAACCGCAGUGGCCUUGCAGAGUUUCACUUCACACCUCCUGGGAGAUGCUGGCAGUCCUUAUCUGAUUGGAUUU